UCCAAGAUGGCCUGGCUGUGGCCGCUCUGUGUCCUGUUUCCUGCCUUCAUGCUGUCUGUGACAGCCAACACGCCACCACGGUUCGCGAGCAAUAUGACAUCAGUGUCUCUACCAGAGGACUUACCAGUGGGUGACACGGUCUUCUGGUUGGUGGCUACUGACAGUGAUAAUGAUCCACUGACCUAUGGGAUCAGUGGCCCCUAUGCCUAUUUCUUCUCUGUCAACUCAAGCACUGGGGAAGUGAAGCUGGCCAGCCCUUUGGACUUCGAGACUCUCCGUUCCUUCAAGAUCACCAUCUCCGUAAAUGACAAUCACAACCCCGCGACUAAGGAGCUACCCGUGAUCGUGGAAGACAGAAAUGACAACGUGCCUGUUUUCCAGGGUUCUGAAUUCUCCGCCAACAUCAGUGAGACCCUGCCAGUCGGCUCUGUGGUAUUCUCUGUGGUGGCUAAGGACGAGGACUCCGGGACCGGCGGUAUAGUGAGGUACUUCAUAGAGAAGGUCAUUCCCAGCACCGACGACAGCAAGAAUCUUUUCCGUAUCCUGGACAAUGGCGUCAUUGUGUUGAAUGGCAGCCUCAACUACAACAGCAAGAGUGCCUUCUACCAGCUGCAGCUGAAGGCCUGUGACUCAGGUGGCAUGUUGAAUGGUGAACCAAAGACCCAAUGCUCCCAGCCAGUCUUCCUGUCCAUUUCAGUGCUUGAUGAACCAGACCUGGAUCCCCAGUUUGUCCGGGAGUUUUACUCAGCCUCCGUGGCUGAGGAUGCGGUCUUGGGAACCUCGGUGCUGAAGGUGGAGGCAGUGGAUGGUGACAAAGGCAUCAAUGACAUUGUGACCUACAACAUCACCAAUUCCACAAGGUCUGGGUGGUUCAGCAUUGGGGAAGAUGGGGUCAUCGAGGUCAGCGGACCCCUGGACAGAGAGCAGCUGCUGAAUGAAAACGAAGAGGUACAGAUACAAGUGACGGCCACCGAGAAGAAUCUUAACAUCUACGAGCAAGAGGCCAGUGUGAGCAUAUGGGUCACAAUAAGGGUGACCGAUGUCAAUGACCACAAGCCAGAAUUUUACAACUGCAGCCUCCCCGACUGCUCCUUUAGCCCCCAAGAGGCCCAAGUUAACUUUGUAGGCUAUGUGGAUGAGCAUACCUCUGCCCGAAUCCCCAUCGAUGACCUGACCAUGGUGGCCUACGAUCCAGACCAGGGCGAUAGUGGUACCUUCCUGCUGUCAGUGGAGGGCGAAGAUGCUGAAGCCUUCAGCGUGUCCCCAGAGCGAGCGGCGGGGUCUGUCAGUGUGCAGGUAGUGGUGAGAAACUCAGCGCUGGUGGACUAUGAGAAGAAGAUAGAGAUGAAGGUGCAGGUUGUGGCCACUGACUCAGUCAGCAAUAACUCCUCUGUUGCCACGGUGACCAUCCAUCUUAGAGACAUUAAUGACCACAGGCCCACGUUCUCUCAGAACUUGUACGAACUCACCGUGCCAGAGCACAGUCCAACAGGUUAUGUGGUCACCAGCAGUAUCAAGGCUACAGACCCAGAUAUGGGUGAAUGGGGUCGGAUCACCUACAGUCUGCUUGCUGGAAAUGGAGAUGACCUGUUUGAGGUGGAUCCAAACUCAGGCAACGUGACCGUGAAAAAUGGCACAGGGCUGGACCGGGAGAAGCAGGCCGUGUACUACCUCACACUGCAGGCCACGGACGGCGGGAACCAGUCUGGCACUACCACACUACAGAUCACCCUGCUGGAUAUUAAUGACAACACACCUGUGGUCCGAGGCUCCUACAACGUCUUUGUGCCAGAGGGGGACAGCGAUGUCUCUGUGACCAUCCAGGCCUAUGAUGAUGACCAGCCAGAUACUAACAACAGCCGCCUGCUCUUCAGCCUGCUGCCUGGGCCCUAUAGCCAGAACUUCUCCAUAGACUCUGACACAGGAGUCCUCAGGAAUUUGGAGCCCCUGGAUCGAGAGGACAUUGACCCUGCCCUGGAGGGUCAAAUCGUACUAACUGUGCGCGUGGCUGACUGCGGCAAACCUCCCCGCAGCACUGAUGUCAAUGUCACCAUCACUGUGGAGGACAUCAAUGACAACCCGCCUAUAUUCAAUCAGUCCUCCUAUGAAUUCUUUGUGAAGGAGAGGGAUCCAGGAGAGUUUGUGGGCACUGUGAAAGCCUGCGAUGCUGACCAGACCCAAGCCAACAACCGCAUCAGCUUCAGCCUGUCCGGGACUGGUGUCAGCAACUUUAUUGUCCGAGGCAAUGUGCUGGCACAAGGGUGUGCCGAGGGGUCCAUCUGGCUGCUCCCUGAUGUGAGCCUCGAUUACGAAGCACAGAAAUUCUUCAAUCUGAAAGUGAGCGCCGAGAACCCAGGCCCCCAGAACUUCAAUUCCACAGCAAACGUCAUGGUAACUGUGGUGGAUGUGAAUGACGAACCACCUACGCUGGUUACAGCCUCACUCCAGGCCAUAUCUGUGGCUGAGAAUGGCUCCCAGUAUGGCCAGGUGGCUCAGGUGAAAGCCCAGGAUGUGGACACUGCGGCCUUGCUGAGCAUAGAGCUAGUGGAUGUCCUCUGCACCAAGGAUAACGUUGACGUGGGCAGCGUGUGCCACGGCUGGUUCUCUGUGGAUUCCAACGGCUCCGUGUAUGUCAAUCAGAGUGAGGCCAUCGAUUAUGAGGCUUGUCAUCUGGUCACACUGGUCGUGCGGGCACAUGACCUCACCACAGAUUCCGGCUUUGAAGCAUACAGCAGCAAUGGAACCCUCCUCAUCAACAUCGAGGACAAGAACGACAAUGCUCCCUAUUUCCUGCCUGACCACCAGACCUUUGUGAUCAUCCCGGAGCUCGUGCUGCCCAGCCAGACGGUGGCUUAUGUCCAGGCCAGAGACGAGGACUCACAAGACAAUAAGAUCAUCGAAUUCUCCAUCCCGAGUGCAGAUUUUGUCUCCAAGAACGGGGCCACUAGCCCUGUCCAGGUCUUCCGGAUUACUCGCUCAGUGGAAGCAGACCUGUACACCGGCAACAUCCAGCUGGUGACCAACCUUGAUUCCACUCUCCAAGGCACAUACCAGGUGACAGUGCAGGCUGAGGACAAGCCUGUCGUGGGUCCCGCACUGAAAGCCCAGACCACUCUGAAUCUCUUCACUGUGGACCAGAGCUACCGUGUGAGGUUACAAUUCUCCACCAACAAGGAUGAAGUGGGUGCCCACGUGGAGGAGAUUAAGGCGGCUCUCGUCCAAGCGACCAGGACCACUGUCUACGUUGUGACGAUCCAGAACAUAGACUCUGUGACUCGGGCCCAAGUCCAGUCCUACCUUGAUGCCUACUUUGUCUUCUCCAAUGGGACAGCCCUGACACUUAACGAGCUGAAUAUGAUGAUCCGGAGAGACCAGGAUUCUCUGACUCAGCUGCUGGAACAGGGACUGGUGGUGGUGAGCUCCCAGGAGAGCCAGGAGUCUGAUCAGCCGAAACUGCUCACCAGUGUCAUCAUAGGACUGGGGGUGGCCAUGGUGCUGGUCCUGGUGAUUUUGAUCACUGCCCUCCUGUGUGUGCGGAAGAGUUACCAGCGGAAGCUUCAAGCUAUGAAGGCUGGCAAGGAGGCCCGGAAGACACCAAUAGAAGCAAUGACUUCAUCUGCUGCUAACAUCCCUGGCACCAACAUGUUCAACACUGAGCGAGCCAACCCCAUGCUGGACCUUCCCACCAAGGAUCUGGGAUUGGAGUACCUCUCCUCCGGUGACUUGGACAAUGUCAGCCUCAAUUCUCUAGACAAAAACGCUGUGGACUUGGACACGGACAGCAAGGAAAUCAAGCGAAAGCCGCUUCCACACAACUCGCCUGAACCAGACCCAGAGCCCCUGAGUGCAGUGCUCUCGGGAAGGCCGGUGAGCACAGGUAGACAGCAGAAGAGAGAUCUGUCCUUCACCAACCCUGGCCUGGACACCGUAGACCUGUGAUGGAGACCUUCAUUC